AAGUGGCAGUCACUUCUUUCACCCACCCGAGAGAAAAUACAGAGAGAGAGAGAGCAAUGGAAAUGGAAGGAAGAAGGCGAGAAGUGGUUGUUUCGUCUCUUCAAUUCGCCUGCUCCGACGAUCUCUCCUCCAACGUCGCCAACGCUGAAAGGCUUGUCAGAGAAGCUCACGCAAAAGGAGCAAACAUCGUUCUUAUUCAGGAACUCUUCGAAGGGUAUUACUUCUGUCAAGCACAAAGAGAGGACUUCUUUCAACGAGCCAAGCCUUACAAGGACCAUCCUACCAUUGCAAGGAUGCAGAAGCUGGCAAAGGAGCUGGGUGUUGUGAUACCCGUUAGCUUCUUUGAGGAGGCAAAUAAUGCACAUUACAACUCUAUUGCUAUUAUUGACGCUGAUGGAACUGACCUUGGGAUUUAUAGGAAGUCGCAUAUUCCUGAUGGACCUGGGUAUCAAGAGAAGUUUUAUUUCAAUCCUGGAGACACUGGCUUCAAGGUUUUCCAGACAAAGUUUGCGAAAAUUGGAGUUGCUAUAUGUUGGGAUCAAUGGUUUCCUGAGGCAGCUCGAGCUAUGGUUCUACAGGGUGCUGAAGUAUUGUUUUAUCCAACUGCCAUUGGUUCUGAGCCUCAAGACCAGGGUUUGGAUUCGCGUGAUCAUUGGAGGAGAGUCAUGCAAGGGCAUGCUGGAGCUAAUGUGGUGCCUCUAGUAGCUUCGAACCGCAUAGGAAAGGAGAUAAUUGAAACCGAGCAUGGACCGAGCCAGAUCACUUUCUAUGGGAACUCCUUCAUUGCUGGACCGACAGGUGAAAUUGUGGCCGAGGCCGAUGACAAAACGGAAGCUGUUCUUGUGGCACAGUUUGAUCUUGAGAAGAUCAAGUCGAAGAGGCAAAGUUGGGGAGUGUUUCGUGACCGCCGUCCAGAGUUGUACAAGGUGCUUCUUACAAUGGACGGUAACCUUUGAAUCUUAUGCUGUUGAAACCUUUGUUCCAUAAGAUGACACUGGGAAAACAAUCAUUCACUACUAUAGCUGGCUUAAUCUUGGCAAACCCAAAAAUAAGGACCUCAAAAUAGGUUUCACUUGUAUUUUUUCAAUCAAACGCAGCUCAAAGUUUGCUGCGUCUCUUUCAAGGCGACCAGUUUUGGUUACAUAAUACAUGGAUCGUUUGUGUUUGGCGUCUACAUAAUGAAAUACUGUAUUUUUCUUAUGUAAAUGUCAAAUGAAAAGGAGAAGAAUGAACAAUGAAAAAUGAUAGUAGUAUAUAUUAAAAGGAUGUGAAUUUUCCAACAU